UUUGCUUUCACAUUUCGUCAAUCAAGCCAUUCAAUCAAAAAUCUCAUCAUACUCUUUGUUUAUAUGGAAACCCAAUCUUUCACAUUCCUUUCUCCACAACCUCUCUCUCAUUACAACGCCUUGGAUUUCUCUUGGUUUUCGGAUAUGGAAAUGGGGUUCAAUGGGAACAGUAAGAAAUUGAGUAGGAGAGACACUGAUGAAUCCUUAGUCAAUGGAGAAGACUUGAAGAACGACGGGUUUAAAGAUAUACUUUCCUCGCUUUUGUUGCUCGACGAGGGAGCACCAAAGCAAGAGCAACAUCAAUGGCUCACAGGGUUUGAACCUACCUUCGAAGCUGAUUACAAAGAAAAAGUUGAAGAAAUCGAUGCUACUUAUCAUUGUUCUAAAAUGGAAGACUCGAGUAGUUCGAGAAAAAACAAACGCUCUCGUAAAUCGGGUUCAGUUGCCGCUAGCUCAUCGACGGUUUCAGUCGGUUCAGACAAUGCGGGUUUGCCGGAAUCGAGCGGCGGUUCGGGGCAUCAACGGCGGUUAUGGGUGAAAUCCCGAUCUAAAGACUGGUGGGAGAGGUGCAAUCACCCGGAUUUUUCCGACGAGGAGUUCAAACGCGUGUUUCGGAUGAGUAAAUCCACGUUUGAUUUGAUUUGCGAGGAGUUGGAAACGGCGGUGAUGAAAAAGAACACGAUGCUCCGUGAAGCGAUCCCAGUCCGUCAACGCGUCGCGGUUUGUAUCUGGAGGUUGGCCACCGGUGAGCCGCUUAGGAUGGUAUCGAAACGCUUCGGAUUAGGGAUUUCAACUUGCCAUAAGCUGAUUUUAGAGGUUUGCAGCGCUAUUAAAACAGUACUGAUGCCUAAAUACCUCCAAUGGCCCGACGAAAAUAAAAUGAAGCAAAUCAAAGAUGAAUUCGAGUCCAUCACCGGGAUCCCAAACGUCGGCGGUUCAAUGUACACGACUCACAUCCCAAUCAUCGCACCAAAAACCAGCGUCGCCUCAUAUUUCAACAAGAAACACACGGAGAGGAACCAAAAAACAUCGUAUUCAAUCACCCUUCAAGGCGUCGUCGAUCAAAACGGCGUAUUCACCGACGCUUGCAUCGGCUGGCCAGGAUCCAUGACCGACGAUCAAGUUCUGGAGAAAUCGGCGUUUCACCAAAGAGCCACCAUGGGGCAGUUGAAGGACGUUUGGGUGGUGGGGGGCAAAGGGUAUCCACUGAUGGACUGGGUUUUAGUUCCCUACACUCACCAGAAUCUCACUUGGGGCCAACACGCAUUCAAUGAGAAGAUUUGGGAGAUAGAAAAAGUGGGAAAGGAAGCGUUUGCAAGACUGAAAGGGCGGUGGGGUUGUUUGCAGAAAAGGAUCGAGGUUAAGCUUCAAGAAUUGCCGGUUGUUCUUGGAGCUUGUUGCGUUUUACACAAUAUUUGCGAGCUGAGGAAUGAGGAAAUUGAGCCUGGGCUUAAAUUCGAGGUUUUUGAUGAUGAGGUGAUCCCUGAGAACAAUUUGAGAUCCAUGGCUUCUGAUCAAGCUAGGGACCGCAUUGCUCAUAAUUUGCUGCACCAUGGCCUUGGUGGUGCCACUGGCUUUUACUAAUUUUCGUUUUUGGGCCAGAAAUAGUAUUAUUGAUUUAGAUUUUUGUAGUCAUUCUUUUUGGCUAUUGCAAUAAAGGUCCUUUAGUAGAUUUA